AUGGCACCAAGCAUUCAGCAACUCCAUAACCUUGCACUGGAGAAAGAGCAGUUAAAAAAGAGAGCAGAAGAAAUCACCAGACAGGAGAUGCUCCUCAGAGCUCAGAUACAUCCUGAUUCUGACCUUCAAAUUGCUCAAACCAAUGAAAUGACCUCAGUCACAGACCCUUUCUUAGGACACACGAGCCAGGCAGACUUACAUUCAAGGCAAGAAAGUUCAGAUAGUGGACUUGGUGGAAUGGGGACCAACUACAGUUUAAAAUCUUCCGAAGAUUUCCUGUCAAAUGUAGAUGAAAUGGAUACACAAGAUGGGGGACACAAAAUGCAAAGUCCAGGUGAUUUUAGCAACAUGGACAUUGGGAAUGUAGGAGACAGUGGUGAAAACACAAAUAUGGACAGUGAUGACUUGGUUCCAAGCUUACAAGAAGAUAUCACAACUGAACUGUUAAAUGAUGUGGAGAAUGUAUUGAGUACCACAAAAGUGGAUGGUCUGCUAUGGUUGUGA